AGUGGUUUGCUGCGGGAGUGAAUGUUUUCAUUGCGAUGGGCAGCAGUAUCUUUGGUAGUGCUAUGUAUGCUCGCUGUAUUAUUUACUAAACAAAGAGCACCGAAACUGACUGGACAUGGAACUGUAGGAGGCUGUCGAAAGUCCUGUGAAACUUGUUGCCAGUGAAUUUCAAGGCAACCCAUGCUAGGAAUGCAGAAGACUUGACAGUGAUUCCUUUGUUGCAAUUUGCCCCUCACCUCUAGGUCGGAGAGACGAACAUGAUAUUUCAGAUUAUCCAUUCCGACGUAACGUUAGAAUAAUUUGCCCAGUUUUCAGCUGAGCUGACUUGGAAUUCCUUAUUUUUAAGUGCAGAGUUAUGAUUCCUGUUUGGUCAUCGAGGGAUUUUAGCUUUGAUUCGGUGGAGACCUGUCCUAAUCUGCAACAGAAUUCAUCAUUGCUCAGGUUAAUGAUUCAAGAAGCCAUUCCACAAUUAGAAAUUAUGCUCAGCCUAAGGUUUCUAACCUCGAAAUUCCGCGCACAGACACUGAAUGAAGUUCAGCCAUUUGAUCCUGUAUUGUGCAAGAUUUCAGGAGAAGAAAUUGAGAACACUGAUUCAGAGGAAGAGAAUCUAGAAGUAGAACAGUUGUUUCGAGAAAGAAGGCUUUGCAACGGAGCCAUGGGACAGGUUCCAGGACCUCUUCAUAAUCAGAUCCCAUCACUUGCCACAAAACCAAGACCCUUGGAGGAUAGCUCGUCAGAGAACAUUCUGUUUUCAACAUCUGACAGAAAUAGUUCUGAAGAAGAACUUGCUUGUAUGGACAGACAAAUUUCUGAAAAGCGGAAGUGGUCACAGAUGAACCAGUGGAAUAGGAAUAGUGAUGUUUCCAGUUCUAGUGAUGAGGAAGUCAAAGAUCUUUUCACAAAGACUGCAUCCCCUUUGCAAUUCAGCACCUCACCUCCAAAGCAUCUUUGUAAACUCUCACCAAAGAGAAUAGAUAGUAAAACUCAUUUCAUGGCAAAUGUUGUUAGUCCAUCAUCAGGAGAUUCAUGCUCACCAAGGAAAAGACACAGACUUAGUCAUCAUGAUACACAAUUGCAGAGUGGUAGAAGGAUAGACUUUGAAAAAAUGCAACAGAAAAUGUUUACAAAGAGACACACACUCUAUGGUCAUGGAUUAAAAUCAGCCAAACUAGUUCGUAUUAAGACCAUUGCUCUUAACAACAGAGUACCACCUAGGCUGUUGAGCGAUCCAAAUAUUUGCUCUUUCAGGUCAAUCUGCAUCAAUCCGAUGACACCGGUAGAGGAUCCAUCACUAGCUGCUUACUGAGGAGACCUUUCAUUCUUAUGAACUUGAUGAUGGCUUUUGCUAUAGUGUUUGAUACAGCACCAACAUUAACAAGAUGAAGUACACUGUUUGGUAGGCCUAUCGUUUAGAGACAGCAUCAUUCACGUUGGAGAGCUGUACCUGUAAUGGAAGGUACAGUUUUUGUAUGAAUUCCUGAUCGAGUGUGUGCUUGAAUCAAAGGAUGAAUUGUACAACCUAAUGUAUGAAUAGCAGUGAGAUCUUGGGUAAAACUGCUUGGCAAACUAUCCUUGGAGCUUUCACUAAUAAGUGCACUCAUAACAAGCUCAUGUGAUGACAACAUUUCAUUAAACCACAGAUAGAGGGCACUAUAUAUAUUCAUCAAUAUGUUUGUAGCCUGGAAGCACAAAGCAAGAGAAAACAACACAGGACGAAAGCUUUCAAUGGCAGCUUAUAGAAAGGACACUGGAUGGGUAUCUAAUGCCAGUAGCUUACAAGGUUAGCUCAAUGGAGAGAUUUUCUUGGGGGACGAUUUGGAAAGGAUGUCAUCAUCUGAAGAUGAAAGGAUCUUAUUCCAGAGGUCUUGUCAUCAAGGAUGUUGUCUCUUCUGAGAGAUCAACCUGGCAGAUAAUCCUUGAGACUGAUUGGUUCCGAAGCCAGAGAAGGAAGGCUGUGUUGAGAGCUCAACUGAUAGUAGUUGCCAUCACAGGAUUUAGCUGUUCAGUAAAGGCUAGGUUCUUGAGCACUCAUCAAACUAUAACACUUAUAGAUGCCUUUGAUCCCUCAACCAAACAUGUUUUAUGGGUACUGACUGGUGCAUCUUUUUUUCUGAGUAGAGAAGGGGAGCAGAAGACAUCACUAGGUGUCCUAUCAUGAACUACCUCUAUUUUCUGUCUAAAAAAAAUUCUUGUAUUCUUAAUGGGUGUUGCACGCAGCAUGAAAAAGAUUUAGAUUAAAAUAAAGGCGUUGGUGUCUAGUCUACACAAAUGAUAGGUUUUCUGUUUGUAUCAUGAUCAGAUGACAAAACUUUCACAUUGACUCUCAGGUACUAAGUUUGAUUUUGUCUAUUUGAAUCCGGUUGGGCGUUAACUUUCUAAGUCAAGAGAAAUACCUUUUGUCUCCUUGCAGAUGGUAAAAUGUAUGAAAUUAGCAGUUCUUCCAAUGUAUCGAUAUACAAGAAAAUUAUUCACAUCAUGGCAAAAUAUAGAUGCUGUUUAGAGGCAACGCCUACUUAUUGAAAAGAGCAUAUAUUUUUACUCAUCGAAUAAAAAAAAUUGAUGAAUUUUUGGUCUGCAGAUAAAAACAGUAAUGCAAACAUGUUUUUGUAAGCCGAGUGUUUCUAUUUGCAAUAGAUUUUCUCUAUUAUGAUAUACACCAGUUUGAUGCAGGGCAUAAAAUCAUGAAAAUCUUGUUUAUUAGACAAUGGGAAACUUGGUUCUCUUUUAUUUAACAUAAUCUGACCUUAUUGGUUUGUUUUUCUUUAUUCUGCUAUAUCUGAUUAUUUUUUUUAUUUGCUAUGCCAAUGAUUAUUUCUCUAAUGAGCUUGGGUUCAAACCUGAAGAUAUUUUCUAAGAGAAGCAAUCAUUUUUUCUUGAUGUAAGUUAUGGUGAUAUUUUUUGGGUUUUUUUUCCAUCUCAAACUGGGUUUGAAAGGGUUUAUGCCAUGGACUACAAAUGGGGAAGGAAAAUUCAAGGCAGAGGAAAAAAAUUUUGCUUAAUUUUACACAAUGAUACUUCAAUACCCCCCUCAUUUUUGCAUCAACACAACUGUGCAGUUAAAACUGAUUGCUUCUAGAGUUCUGUAUUGAAAUGAUGUCAAUUAAUUCUGACAUUGUUAUGUCAGAGACAAGUAUUAUGAGUUUUUUUUAAGUCGUAAGGUUCUGUUCAAGGAAGCUGUGUGAUAGGUGAAGAAAUGUGUGUUGAUUAACAUUUACUUUAUUUUUCAUUUCAAUGUUAUUGAAAAUUAAUUGCCAAGAUGUAAACUCAAAGAUAAAAAUUGCAAAUGAGGCUGAUAAAGACUCUUUAUAUACAGAUGCAAGUUUUAUGAUAGUGCAAGUUCAAGGACCAACCGAGCUUUGUUGAAAUUCAGUAGCAUUUUUUUUCUAUUCCUUCAUGUAUGCUUCUAUAAUUUAGUUAUAGAGAUAAUAUUUGAACAUUCAUUUAGUUUUCAUGCAUUCACACUACAAUAAGAAAUAUAUUUCAUUUUUAUAUUGCUAUUGGUAUUUUAAUUCUGUGUAUUUUUUUGGUAAUAAAGACUAACAUGAUUCAGUAGUAUCUCAUAUGAUACUUAUAUAUUGCUUUAUCAAGCUUUUAUGCAUAAGUCUGUUUAUUUGGCAGUAUUCCUUCUCUAUGUAUCUAUUGUUCGCAUUUCACAUGAACAUAUUUACAUUUUUGUGCAGCUGUUAGGAGUAAUAUCUGUUCAAGAAUUGUGUAUUUUAAUGAUUUCUUGGUUCUAUGUAGUGAAGAAUUAUGAUGUGGGUAACUGCAGAAAUAUACCACUUUUGCAUAUGUUUGUUUCAACAGAAAGUAAUUUUGACUAAUUAUGAAUUCAUUUUUCUUUUAUAUUCAUAAUGUAUUGUGAUAUCUUUUAAUUAUGAACAUAUGAUGUGAUAAGAAUAUAUGCUUUGAAAAAUUCAAUGCAUUUAUAUAUAUUAUAAAGAAAUUUGAAAAGAAAUUAUAUAUAUUGAUUCAUUAAAAAGUUUGUUUUUAACAUGUUGUACAAAUAUGUUUUUCAUUAACAGAAUCAUUCUGCAUAUGUACUCUAUCUAAACUCCAUGUUAGCAUUGCAAGAAAACUAAUUUGAUUCAGAGUUGCUGUGCUUGUUCAAGAGUUCAAAUGAAACUAAUUUUUUAAUUCUUGGAGCAAAUUUAGAUAUUUGUAGCUUAAACGGUCUGUUUAUGAUGACAUUGUACAAAUAUUUUGUUUGCCAUUUACUCUUGAAAUGAUAAAUCUACCAGAGACAAAUUUUGUGAGCUCUUCUUUGUCGACUGGCAGAUUUAAACAUUUAUGGCUUCAUUUUGACUUGUAUAAGCAAAAGUUGCAAAAAAAUCACACCAUUGAUAUAUAUUAUGAUGUUGAUUUAAAGAAGAUAUAUAUUGUGCUGGUAUGAAAUGGUGUUAGCCAUAUUUUACAUGUGUUAAUGAUAUAUCAGUAACAAAAUGACAAUUUUAUAUUUCAUUUGUUUCUCUUCAUGCUGUUUGCAAUGCAUGAAUGCAUUGUGAUUACAUGGAUCCACAUGUACUCAUGCUGCUUGGUAAGGAAGGUGGCUUUCUGAACUUGUUUUUUUUUUAAUUGAAAGAUCUUCUUGUCAUUUUGUUUUCUUACAUAAUUAUUUUUUCUUUGUUUCACAAGAUGGAAAUAUUUUGUUAUUGAUAUCAUGGUUGAUAUCAUUGAUUAUGAUAGAGAAUUAGUGAACAAAACAAUUUUAUAGUGCCUGGUUUUAUGACAGAAGGAAGAAGAGCUUGCGUGUAAGGAGAGUCAAAGAGAGUGAAUGAGAGUGAGUGAGAGAAAGAAGAAUAAUGAAACGGUGGAAACAGUGCAUGGUUUUAUUGGCGAAGAUAACUUGAUUGAUACUUGCUUCAUACAUAUAUCAGGUCAAAAAGUUUUAUAUAUGGUACUGUGAUGUAAUUUUUAGUCAUUUUAGUGGUGGUCAUUGGUAUUUUGGGUACAGUGAACCAUCAUUAUAUCUACCUAUUUUUCCAGAUAUGCUUUGAAAUGUGACUUAUGUCACUUAAUAAAGACAAAAAUAUUUAAAGAAA